GGAAGACGAUCUGCCAAAGAAGAGCGCCACAGAGGCUGCCGCAGCGUCAACGUCUGGUGACGAACCAAAACCGAAAGGAGAGAGCGUUGUAAGAUCUGCUCCUGAGGACUCUCAGCAGCGUCCGAUCCCAGAUUCCGGGUCUUCUUCGGAGGAGCCAGCGCCCAGCACUUCACGAGGUUCUGGGUCCUCUUCGGAUUUACCACCGAGCUCUUCAAUCAAUUACAAGAAUCUACAAGAAGAUUCGCAAACGAGCACUUCUGAAGCAUUCGAGUUAAUACCGAUAGAGCCACAACAGGGUGCCGCCUGUGCUUGGGAGCCAGUCCCGUUCGAGCAGCUGCUAGCGUCUGCUGAUAAUUUGGCGUAA